ACAGUGAUAGCUAGGUGGGGGCACAUCUGCUGCGCGACAGUCUUGUCCCGAUGACGUUGGCCGCUGAUCUGACGAUUUUCACUUGCUAGCUAUGCGUUUAAAAGGUAACGCGAUACAAUCUGUAGAUUAAAUAGCGAAAUUCUAUUCUAUGGAUGACACAAAAUACAAUUUAUUUAUUGUUCUUCGCUAUAGGUGCUAGCUAGCAGUGGGAGGCUGUCAAGCCAGCAAUGUCAACCGGUGUUAGUUAGCCUGCUAGCCCUGCACUUUACUGUACUCAGCCACAGUGAUUGAAUAAUGAUAACAUUUGCUUUCCGGGGAUGAAACAAAGUGUCUAGCUAGCUAACGUUGGCUAUAUCUUGUGGGAAGAUUUUGGCCAAACCUCACAUACAAUAGCCUAUCACAUACAAUAGCCUAGUUUAAAGCCUACUAGUAGCUAGCUAACUGGUAAUGAUGACAGCUGACAUGGGCUUCGUCCAUGGGCCGUUUCACUGAAUCGUCUAGCUGAACUGUCGGCACUGUUGUAACGUUAGGCAAGCUGGUCCACGAGUGGUUACAUUGUAGCUAGCGUGUGACUGGAUAGCUAUGCAAAAUUCUGUUUAUAACUGGCUGUCACAUUAUUUUCGGGCUGUGCGUUAUUGCCGAGCCCUGCCUUGUGGUAUUGAUUCGUAUAAUGAGUGAUCAUUAUGUAAAAGUGAAGGUUCAACUCGAACAAAUGAAAUCAUCAGGCGAGGUUGUGGAGAAGGAGGAGGCAGAUAUUAUCGAGGAUGAGGUGCCGGUGGCAUCCCCGCCCGCAUCUGUCUCCCCAAUCCCGGCUAGUGGUACUCCCGUAGCCCAAAGGGAAACAUCCAAGACCUCUGUCACUUGCAGGAAUCGGAGUAAAAGUAGGAGCAAACUAGGCAAAGAUGAAAAGAACACCUGCGCAAAGCAGGAGUCAGACCCAGCACUGCAAGGGACUAUAGUAGCUUCCAAUGCCAAUUCGGGGAAACCCAUGAAUCGAAUAGACAAUGACCGGCAGAUGCUUCAAAUCAAAGGGACUGGGAAGAUUCUGCAGGGGGAGACUGAAGCGAAUGGUAACACUGUUCCCAUCCAACCGCCAAAAGACAUCAAAGUAAGCCCACACAACAAAGAGGAUGCAAACAAAGUUGCAAAGAGGAGGAAGCCAGUCACCGUGGACACGUUAAAAGCCAAAACCUCUUUGGAGGCACUGAAGCUCAGCAUCAGGCAGCUCAAAUGGAAAGAGGUAUGUCCUUGUUUCAUUGAUUCAUAUUUAUUGACAAAAUGUAGGCUAUAGAUAGAUAGUCAACAUUGUUUCUAUGCUGAAGUUAAGGAGUUCAGUAGCCUCAGGGCCUGACCUUGCCAUUCCACUGCCCUAGUCAAGACUAAAAAAUGUGGCCCCGCAAAACUAGUAUAGUCCCAGUAAGCAAAAUUACAUUGAUUUUCCAGAUGUUGAAUUUAGGUUCUAUUUAGGUUCUGAAUGAAAGGUGAAAAGACGUAUUUUCCCCUACGUUUUAAAUACAUAUUUUCCAGGACGUUGAAAAGGCAUCUUUUCCGGACGUUGAAAAAUGUAUAUUUUCCAGAAGUUGAAACCAGGUAAAUUUUCGGUUCUGAAUGAAAGUUGAAAAUACUUAUUUUCCGGAUGUUGAAAAUACGUAUUUUCCGGACUUUGAAAAUAUGUAUUUUCCGGAUGUUGAAAUCAUGCUCAUUUCUGGUUCUGAAUGGAAGUUGAAAAUACCUAAUUUAUAAACUCAGCAAAAAAAGAAACGUCCCUUUUUCAGGACCCUGUCUUUCAAAGAUAAUUUGUGAAUAUCCAAAUAACUUCACAAAUCUUCAUUGUAAAGGGUUUAAACACUGUUUCCCAUGCUUGUUCAUUUAACCAUAAACAAUUAAUGAACAUCCACCUGUGGAACGGUCGUUAAGACACUAACAGCUUACAGACGGUAGGCAAUUAAGGUCACAGUUAUGAAAACUUAGGGCACUAAAGAGGCCUUUCUACUGACUCUGAAAAACACCAAAAGAAAGAUGCCCAGGGUCCCUGCUCAUCUGUGUGAACGUGCCUUAGGCAUACUGCAAGGAGGCAUGAGGACUGCAGAUGUGGCCAGGGCAAUACAUUGAAAUGUCCGCACUGUGAGAUGCCUAAGACAGCGCUACAGGGAGACAGGAUGGACAGCUGAUCGUCCUCGCAGUGGCAUACCACGUGUAACAACACCUGCACAGGAUCGGUACAUCCGAACAUUACACCUGCGGGACAGGUACAGGAUGGCAACAACAACUGCCCGAGUUACACCAGGAACACACAAUCCCUCCAUCAGUGCUCAGACUGUCCGCAAUAGGCAGAGAGAGGCUGGACUGAGGGCUUGUAGGCCUGUUGUAAGGCAGGUCCUCACCAGACAUCACCGGUAACAACGUCGCCUAUGGGCACAAACCCACCGUCGCUGGACCAGACAGGACUGGCAAAAAAUGCACUUCACUGACGAGUCGCGGUUUUGUCUCACCAGGGGUGAUGGUCGGAUUCGUGUUUAUCGUCUAAGGAAUGAGCGUUACACCGAGGCCUGUACACUGGAGCGGGAUCGAUUUGGAGGUGGAGGGUCCGUCAUGGUCUGGGGCAGUGUGUCACAGCAUCAUCGGACUGAGCUUGUUGUCAUUGCAGGCCAUCUCAACGCUGUGCGUUACAGGGAAGACAUCCUCCUCCCUCAUGUGGUACCCUUCCUGCAGGCUCAUCCUGACAUGACCCUCCAGCAUGACAAUGCCACCAGCCAUACUGGAAUGUCAGUGUUCUGCCAUGGCCAGUGAAGAGCCCGGAUCUCAAUCCCAUUGAGCACAUCUGGGACCUGUUGGAUCGGAGGGUGAGGGCUAGGGCCAUUCCCUCCAGAAAUGUCUGGGAACUUGCAGGUGCCUUGGUGGAAGAGUGGGGUAACAUCUCACAGCAAGACCUGGCAAAUAUGGUGCACUCCAUGAGGAGGAGAUGCACUGCAGUACUUAAUGCAGCUGGUGGCCACACCAGAUACUGACUGUUACUUUUGAUUUUGACCCCAACUUUGUUCAGGGACACAUUAUUCAAUUUCUGUUGUCUGUGGAACUUGUUCAGUUUAUGUCUCAGUUGUUGAAUCUUUUUAUGUUCAUACAAAUAUUUACACAUGUUAAGUUUGCUGAAAGUAAACGCAGUUGACAGUGAGAGGACAUUUCUUUUUUUGCUUAGUUUAGAUGUCUAUGUUUGGGCCAAAUCAAGGCUGGUCCAGACCGGACAAAAUCUUAACCAAUUAUAGACAUCUAUGAUUGGUUCAGAUUUGGUCCGGACCAUAAACCAAUGUCAGUCGAUGUGGAAAUCAAGGCCGGUCCGGACUGCACCAAAAAAAGCUGUCCAAAAGGCGUUGGCGUCAGCCCGUGCUUACUGAGGUGUUGCCUGAAACUGAAUUUUAUGAAUGCCCAUCUAUGUGGUAAGCCUACAGUUUGUAAUACACCAAAAAAAGACAUCUGGACAGGACCAAAAAAAACCAUAUAAAAGACGUUGGCUCGUUUACUGGGGUGUAGCCUACCAUGUCAGCCCUCAAUGGAAUUUUAUGAAUGCCCAUCACAGGAGGCUGGUGGCACCUUAAUUGGGGAGGAUGGGCUCGUAGUAAUGGCUGGAGCGGCAUAAGUGGAAUGGUAUCAAAUACAUCAAACACAUGGUUUCCAUUUGCUCCGUCCUCCCCUCAGCAGCCUCCACUGAUGCCCAUCCAUGUGGUUGGCCCACCAUUUGUAAAACAGGCUGUUGCAUUGGCUUUAUUAGUCCUGAUUCCUGUGAAUAAUCAAUUUGGGUAUUUAAGCUCUGAAUAUCAGCUACCCAACUUUAUCAGGAGUUAUCGUGAGCCUAUUUGCAAUGCGUUUACACAGCAGGAAAUGCAGAAAAAAAAUGGCUUGUCAAAAAAAAAAAAAAAUCAGCUUGUCAAAAAUGGACGCAUACAAACUUGAAACCACUGAUCAUGACAAUGGGGUGAAACUCCUGGACAACAGUUGUGAUUGUCCAUUCCAUAUUGUUCAUUUUACUUUGACCUGUCCUGUUUUUAGGAUAUGUUGUUUGUUAACAUGACAGCACAUUCUUUAUUUGAUUGGGUGCCAUUUAGGUUAGGCUAUUUGAUCUGUGAAACCUGCAUGAUGUAAAAAGUGUCCGUCUCAUUACAUUGUCCUACAUUGUAUUAUCUCCAGCCUGUAGGCUACAGAAAAGGCCACAUACUCUUUCUUCCAUAUCCUAUAUCUGCCACAUCAGUUAUGUUAGAUUUAUUUUUUGACAGAACGUUGGUGGAGUGCCACAGCGAUGCGUCUCUCCAACAGCACCCUGGAGAGGCGCACUGGGAAUGGACAAGCAAAAUAUUUUGACAAAGUGGCCACUGCUUAUUAGAGGGCAGCAUCAACACUCACCUAAAAAGCCCUUAUGCCGCUGCUUGAGAGAAAUUGUCGUUGUUUUGGGGCAGAAUUAUGUGAGGUUUUAUGUGUUGUUGUUGGAGGUGCAUGUUGGUCAGUUUAGCUCAGAAAAUGCCGCCCUCGUCAAUCUGCAGCCAUAGGCGGACGACUUAUCCUGCCUAAUGAGCGGGCCGGCCGUGAGUAUCCUACAUCUAUCAGGGGUGCACAACUCCAGUUUACUGUAAGACUGACACUUAUUCCUCUUAUGUAAUGAUAAAAACAUCAAAUUACUAUAACAACUAUAUAAAUGAACAACAAUGUUGUUAUAACAGGUAUAGGAGCUACCACUAUACACCCCAUUUAAUCUUUGUUGCAUCAACAGCGUUAAUCUGUUUUAAUCUUUUUUCCCUCAAGGGCUUGAUAAAGAAUAGCAUAGUAGGCCUUAAAUGUUAAGGUGUUGAUUGACAGUGUCCUACAACACAUUGAUGAGGGGACACGAUCUCUGUUAACCCUUUCACUCCAACCUGACGGCAACAAAUCCAGUAUACGGUUACACAGCCUGCACCUGGGUAUGUGGUGUCUGAAAGUUGUCAUUAAUGGAAAGGAAUUUCUUUAAUACAUUUAUGAGAUGGCUAAUUGAUACGGGUCCCCUCACGUCGCCAGGUGAGCGCCAUCUGUUUGGCCCUACAGGCGUUGAAUGUGACGCAAUUAAUACCUGCCAUCGGCCGUUAUCAACAAUGUGGUUCAUUAUACAUGAGGAGCAGUGGAGUUUGAAGCUAACGGACAGUGAGAGGUAAACAACUCUCUUUACUACCACCAUGGAUGACCAUCAUGCCUUGAAACGUAAUCCCUUCCAUGUCCGCCUCAGCAGAUCCGAUCUGGUUUCAAAACUUUGUAGACUGAGGCCCUAUACGUUACACUUUGUCCUGACAGAUGCACCUUUAACAUAGUCAAGGGCGUAACUGAUCCCCUGUUGGUCUGAAAAGAGCUUUGAGACGUGCAGUGCUGAGGUGUAGUGAGUGAUUUCUCAUGAAACUAGAACGGAACAAUACUGUGAUUUUGGGGGGAUUUUCACACAUUUCUAUCCGUAUUAGGGUCCUUUGGAGGAAGGAUUGUUGACAUACACUACCAUUCAAAGUUUGGGGUCACUUAGAAAUGUCCUUGUUUUCGAAAGAAAAGCAAAAAUUUUUUGGCCAUUUAAAAUAACAUCAAAUUGAUCAGAAAUACAGUGUAGACAUUGUUAAUGUUGUAAAUGGCUAUUGUAGCUGGAAACGGCAGAUUUUUUUAAAUGGAAUAUCUACAUAGGCGUACAGAGGCCCAUUUAUCAGCAACCAUCAGUCCUGUGUUCCAAUGGCACGUUGUGUUUGGUAAUCCAAGUUUAUCAUUUUAAAAGGCCAGUCUGAGAUAUGGCUUUUUCUUUGCAACUCUGCCUAGAAGGUCAGCAUCCCGUAGUCGCCUCUUCACUGUUGACGUUGAGACUGGUGUUUUGCGGGUACUAUUUAAUGAAGCUGCCAGUUGAGGACCUGUGAGGCAUCUGUUUCUCAAACUAGACACUCUAAUGUAUUUGUCCUCUUGCUCAGUUGUGCACCGGGGCCUCCCACUCUUCUUUCUAUUCUGGUUAGAGCCAGUUUGUGCUGUUCUGUGAAGGGAGUAGUACACAGCGUUGUACGAGAUCUUCAGUUUCUUGGCAAUUUCUUGCAUGGAAUAGCCUUAAUUUCUCAGAACAAGAAUAGACCGACGAGUUUCAGAAGAACGUUCUUUGUUUCUAGCCAUUUUGAGCCUGUAAUUGAACCCACAAUUGCUGAUGCUCCAGAUACUCAACUAGUUUCAAGAAUGCCAGUUUUAUUGCUUCUUUAAUCAGCACAACAGUUUUCAGCUGUGCUAACAUAAUUGCAAAAGGGUUUUCUAAUGAUAAAUUAGCCUUUUAAAAUGAUAAACUUGGAUUAGCAAACACAACGUGCCAUUGGAACACAGGACUAAUGGUUGCUGAUAAUGUGCCUUUGUAUGCCUAUGUAGAUAUUCCAUUAAAGAUCAGCCGUUUCCAGCUACAAUAGCCAUUUACAACAUUAACAAUGUCUACACUGUAUUUAUGAUCAAUUUGAUGUUAUUUUAAUGGCAAAAAAAUUGCUUUUCUUUCGAAAACAAGGACAUUUCUAAGUGACCCCAAACUUUACAGACCCCAAACGGUAGUGUAUAUCUUAUAUUUGUAAUAACAUAAUUGACAUAAUUCAUUUAAAUUGGAAUAUUUGUGACAUUUUGGUGUUACCCAGGCCUCCUUUAAAACUCUAUAAUGUUUCAUCUGUAGGUGCUAAAAAGCUCAAGUUGGUGUCAUAUGAAGCUUUACUGCUUGCUCUGUAAUAUGAGUGGUAUUUUGAUUUCAAUAACAAUUUUCUUACAUUAAUUUAUGAUUAUUGAAAUAUAUAAACAUGAAUAUAGAAAAUAUGUACUUUUUUUAUUAGGCCCAUUUUUAUUUAUUUAUUGUUGAACAUAAUAAUAGUCUACGAGUAUAUCAAAGUUCCAGAGUAGGAUCUGUCCUAGAUUUAAAGUUAUGGACCAUUUUCUAUUGAGAAAUUGGCAGAGUAGGCAAUGUAUCACAGCCCUCCUUUUUGCUUGUGUCAUUUCACAUCCUGCAAAUCACCAGCAGAGGGCGACCAUUUUGAAUCCAUUUUCACAUUCACUCUGUUGGUAACGCUUACAAAUUGGAUCAUAACUCUAAAACUAGCAGAUCCCACUCUGGAACUUUUAUAUGCCCAUAGAGUAUAUUAUGUUAAACAUCAUAUAGAUAAAUUAGCCACAUUUUUAAAAUAUUUAAAAUAUUCAUGUUUAUAUUUUUCUAUAUUUAUAUAAGAAAUGUGUUAUUGAAAUCAAAAUGCUAGUCAUAUUACAGAGCAAGUGGUAAAGCUUUAUAUGACACAACCUUUGCAUUGUAGCACCAAGAGAUUAAACAUGAUAAAGUCUUAAAGGAGGCCUGGGUAAGGCCAAAAUGUCAUAAAUUAUUUCUCAAUUAAGCUUUAAGAUACAAAUGUCAAAUAUAUGUCAACAAUCCUUCCUCCAAAAGACCGUUCUAUGGAUUACAUUUUGUGAAAAUCCCCCAAAUCAUGGUCUUUGUUUCUUUUAGUUUCGUAAGGAAUCACACUAGUGUAAGUAAGUCCAUUGACCUAAGUAUAUUAAGGCACACCCAUCUUUCAGUGGGAGGAGAUAGGCCUAAUAUUCAACUUAACAUACUUGACCCUAGUAGGCUAUAGCCUGGUGUAUGGAGAAGAGGAACUUGAGAGAGAUGAUUUUCUAAUGUAAUUUAUUAUCUGAAUAGGUCUUUGAAGAUGUUGACCCAUAUGAAAACUCAGAGAGCAGUUCCUCCCUCUAUAUUCAAUUACAAUAAUUACAUUACAAUAAUGACAAAAAUUGCAACUAAUUCCCCCACUCCUUCCUACGGCAGGAAGCAGGUCUAGUGAGUUGAUUCCAGAGCUAUGGCUCUGGUUCUCAACUCAGUUUUUCACUGAUAACCAGUAGGGGACAUGCAGUUUUGAGUUUUGCCAGUAGCCAAACAUGACAUUGGGUGUGCUUGCUGUGCAUUGCCUCGAUGAAUACUGCACUGAUGUGGGCUAGGCCUAUAGACAAGAUGCACAGUGGGAGAAUCACAUUUUUCCCCUCUAAGCCUAAAUGUAUUGACCACUCCGCACUCUACGGUUGUUAUUGAUCCAUGCUUUACUGUUGAUGACCCAGCCUACUGUCAUCUGCCAUUAGACGUUACCCUCAUUCGCUCACUACACUAUGAUGAGGACUGACACUAUUUAGUGUUAUUCCACAGAUGUAGGCUAGUCUUGUGUAGAGAUGCCUCAGCCUACAUGGGAGACACUGUCUAAAGCCUGACAUAAGGGCUCUGCUAUAGGUGAACAAGCCCUCUGUAUCAUUGACUGUCACUAGGGGCAUUUGUUAAUUAGGUUCUAGGACUAUAAUAGGCACUAGGUAGAGUCCUAAUCAUGGUUUACUCACUGAGUUAGUGUAGCCUGUAAGGCAUGGCCAUAAUGUGUCAGUAAACUAGGCCUAACAUCCUGGCCGCUGUGGAACCGGGUGGUUUUGAUGGCACAGCACUUUUGAAGCCCCAGAGGCAUCUGCCUCCUGACUUUCAGCAUAUGGCCUUCUAUUAACGGUGGGAAAUGAUUAGAGGUAAUCUCUGAUAAUCCAACAUGAUUAUAUUCCCCUCUCAGGGAGCUGCACAGGGAAGAGUCAGAUUGAGAGAGAGAGAGUCAAACUCUCAUGUGAAAUAGGGAGGAUAAUGUCUGUUUAAUUUGGAUCUGACAGAUUACCUUUCUGUUUUCCACUACUUGCCAAGUGAGGUUUAUAAAAAAGACAGUAGGCUGUCAUCAUUGACCUUUAUGGAUGGCACUUGGCAUAUGCGGCCAUGUAUAGUAUUGUUGACAUGGAUAGCUUGUCUAACAACUCCAACUUUAGUAUGAUGUGAAAGAAUAGGCAGGCAGUGGGUUGACAGGCAGAGUACAGAUCUUGUUGUAAAAUUGUUACAUGCCCGCUGCCAGGCAACCUUACCAGGCUGGAUCAGUAGGAAUGAUCAGGCUUGCCAGGACAAGUCUCUGCUAAUUCAUGCCAACGUCUCUCGGCCAAUUCUGAUUGAAUGUUAAGGAGAUGAGCUAAUAUCCUCUUCUGAACUGUGGGAUGGAGCCAGAAGAACUAGAAUUGUUCAUUAUUCACUCAAUCACGCAAUGUCCACAAGUGCCUCUUUGUGUGCCUGUGUGUGUGCGCGCGCACGUGUGUUAGAUGAAGUUCUGGAAUGCACUCACAGAUGGGGCUAUUCCCGUCUCUCUUCCCCUCCUCCACUAGAUACUGCCCAAAUGAAUGUGACCCAAUUAGCUGAUAAGAUUAAGGGGUGGUUAAACAUUGAAAUCUAUGAGAUUGUAUUUAUAGCAGGCUUUGACUGUCAUGCAAGUUUUCUCUCUCACACUCUUUCUUUAUUUAUUCAGUUUCUCACGGGAUGGUCCUACACCUCCCCUGUCAUGUAGCUCCCCAUACAGAAAAAACGAAAUGAUUUAACAUGUGGAAAAUCACGAUUUCACAUGUGAAAACAUGUUUUGUGUUAUCACAUGUUGCUUUACAUGUUGUCACAUGUUAUCACAUUAACUUCACAUAAGAUCACGUGUUCACAUCUGAAAUUCAUGGAGUUUUUCUUCAAGGGUCGCCUUGGGCCUAUUCACUGAGGUGGCAAUGACACCGUUUAGAAUGUUGCAGAUAGAAAUACAAUGUGUGGAGUUGUGAGAUUCCCUAAUUGACCCUUCAUAAAGGUAGAUUCAAGACAAUAACCUUCAUUUCUGUCUGAUGUGAUGGAAAGUAUGUUACCACCGCUGGUGACACCAUGGGUUUCUGAGCGGGUUCAUGGUGUGUGAAGGGUUAGCAGGAAGAUGUCAGAGUUCCAGGGAAGGCCCCAGCAGGGGGUUGUUGUAAUCCUGUGAGAAUAUCAUGUCCGUCCCCUGCCAGGGCUCCUCCUAACCAUAGACUUACAGUAUAUGAUUAGCUAACACAGGACUGCAGUCUCAUUCACAUUACCCACUGGGAGGUAAGCUCUGCCUCCUAGUGUCACUGGAAGGGCCACCCGCACACCCUGGCCUGAAAUAACUUCUCUAUUCGUGACAAGCAAAUGGCCUCGUUAGUGGAUGGAAGAAUCCUUCAUAUUAAUAUAACAAAACCACAAUACUGAGUAAAAGAUGGUGCAACAUGCGAAAUUCCACCUGCACAAACCUAUCCUAUCAGUCUUUGAGCAUGUAUUUUUGUGUGUGCCAGUGUUUCAUUCAACACCCCAACCCGAUACUUGAUAUCCAAUCUUUCUUGCGUUGGUUGGAAUUGUGAGAAUACCUCAACACUAACCCUUCAUAGAUCUCAAUCAUCAGAACCCCAUCCUCAAACAUCUCUCUCUCUCUCUCUCUCUCUCUCUCUCUCUCUCUCCUUUUACAGUUCCCUAUGGGCAGGCGGUCUGCCUGUGACAUCUACUGGCAUGGAGUCUCUUUCCAUGACAAUGACAACAUCAUCUCUGGACAGGUCAACAAGUUCCCAGGUACAUUGAUCCCCUCUAUUCAUGGAAAGAAUCUAUGGGAGACGCUGGACACCAUUUUGUAUGUUGUCACAGUGUUUCGCAUAGAUGAUUUUCCAGUUUCCCAAAUCAACAUCCACAGCCUCUUUAACAAAAAAUGUAUUAGCCAGUCCUACCCCCUAUAUAAUGUUAUAGUGGGAAACACUGUUGCCAAGCAGGUUUUUGGCAUGUAUCCUGUUAUGUGAGCCUUGCUAAGCCCAGCUUUGUUAAUGCCUUGUCAUGCCAAGGUAAUAAACCCAGCAUUACUGAUUAUCGUAUUAAGAGUGAGGAGGAUUAUUAUAUUGUGUGAGGAGCUGUAGCAUGCUACACCCGACCAUCACCCCAUAUAUACUGCUCAUCACUCACCCCAUAACACGCAGAACUACAUGAGGGUGGGUUAACCAAACCACCUGUCUGUUUCUCACGUGUAUGCUCUAGCUCCACUCAUCAUUGGCCUGUGUCACGCCAUGCUACACCCAUUGACUGGGUACAGAGCCAAGGUCUUCUGUGCUCCACAACACAGUGUUAGCCCUCUGAACUUAAACCUACACUCUUAGAAAGAAAGGUACUAUAUAGAACCAAAAAGGGUACUUUGGCUGUCCCCAUAGGAGAAACCUUUGAAGAACCCUUUUUGGUUCCAGGUACCUAUUCAAGUUAGUGGAUUCGGCUAUAUCAGCCACACCUGUUGCUGACAGAUGUAUAAAAUCGAGCACACAGCAAUGCAAUCUCCAUAGACAAACAUUGGCAAUAGAAUGGCCUUACUGAAGAGCUCAGUGACUUCCAACGUGGCACUGUCAUAGGAUGCCACCUUUCCAACAAGUCAGUUUGUCAAAUAUCUGCCCUGCUAGAGCUGCCCCAAUCAACUGUAAGUGCUGUUAUUGUGAAGUGGAAACGUCUAGGAGCAACAACGGCUCAGCUGCGAAGUGGUAGGCCACACAAGCUCACAGAACAGGACCACCGAGUGCCGAAGCACGUAGCGCGUAAAAAUUGUCUGUCCUCGGUUGCAACACUCACUACUGAGUUCCAAACUGCCUCUGGAAGCAACGUCAGCACAAGAACUGUUAGUCGGGAACUUCAUAAAAUUUGUUUCAAUGGCCGUGCAGCCGCAAACAAGCCGAAGAUCACCAUGCACAAUGCCAAGCGUCGGCUGGAGUGGUGUAAAGCUCACCGCCGUUGGACUCUGGAGCAGUGGAAACGCAUUCUCUGGAGUGAUAAAUCACGCUUCACCAUCAGGCAGUCCGACGGACGAAUCUGGGUUUGGCGAAUGCCAGGAGAAUUCUACCUGUCCCAAUGCAUAGUGCCAACUGUAAAGUUUGGUGGAGGAGGAAUAAUGGUCUGGGGCUGCUUUUCAUGGUUCUGGCUAGGUCCCUUAGUUCCAGUGAAGGGAAAUCUUAACACUACAACAUACAAUGACAUUCUAGACGAUUCUGUGCUUCCUACUUUGUGGCAACAGUUUGGGGAAGGCCCUUUCCUGUUUCAGCAUGAAAAUGCCCCCGUUCACAAAGCACGGUCCAUACAGAAAUGGUUUUGUCGAGAUCAGUGUGGAAGAACUUGACUGGCCUGCACAGAGCCCUGACCUCAACCCCAUCGAACACAUUUGGGAUGAAUUGGAAUGCUGACUGAGAGCCAGGCCUAAUCGCCCAACAUCAGUGCCUGACCUCAUUAAUGCUAUUGUGGCUGAAUGGAAGCAAGUCAUAGCAGCAAUGUUCCAACAUCUAGUGGAAAGCCUUCCCAGAAGAGUGGAGGCUGUUAUAGCAGCCCAUGAUUUUGGAAUGAGAUGUUCGACGAGCAGGUGUCCCAGAUACUUUUGGUCAUGUAGUGUACCUUUUUUAAAUGGCCUCUGUCUGUCUGUCCGUCUGUAAAUUGUUCUGUAGGUAUGAUUGAGAUGCUGAGGAAGAUCAACCUGACCCGAGCUGUGAGGACCAUGCAGGAGCUGUUCCCUGAGGAGUACAACUUCUACCCCCGCUCCUGGAUCCUGCCCGAGGAGUACCAGCUCUUCUCCGCACAGGUACAGUACACAGCCAAGGAUACAGGACAAUAACAAAAAAUCUGAAUUGGGCUGCCUGUGUAAGUGCCUCUCUCCCCACCUCUGUUUUCAGCUGUACUCAGCUGGCAAAGUUAGUGUGACAAAAUGUUGCUGUUUUAAAGCACAUUUUCUGCAAUUCUACACAUUUUGACAUGGGAAAUAUAUAUAUAUAUAUAUAUAUAUAUAUAUAUAUAUAUAUAUAUAUAUUUGUUUUUAUUUUUAAAUAAGAUCAUCUAAAAUUCCCAAAGUGUAAUGGCAUGGGGCCCCCAAUGAUAGCAUAAGCAGAUAGCAUAAGAACACGGCAUAAGCCAUGACAAAACGUGUAGAAAUGCAAGAAAUUAGCUUUAAAACUGCACAUUUUCUCUCAGCCCCAUGACAAAAUGAGUAGAAUUGCAGGAAACUAGCUUUAAAACUGAAAUAUAUACACAGUGAGGGAAAAAAAGUAUUUGAUCCCCUGCUGAUUUUGUAAGUUUGCCCACUGACAAAUAAAUUAUCAGUCUAUAGUUUUAAUGGUAGGUUUAUUUGAACAGUGAGAGACAGAAUAACAACAACAAAAUCCAGAAAAACACAUGUCAAAAAAUGUAUAAAUUGAUUUGCAUUUUAAUGAGGGAAAUAAGUAUUUGACCCCCUCUCAAUCAGAAAGAUUUCUGGCUCCCAGGUGUCUUUUAUACAGGUAACGAGCUGAGAUUAGGAGCACACUCUUAAAGCGAGUGCUCCUAAUCUCAGUUUGUUACCUGUAUAAAAGACACCUGUCCACAGAAGCAAUCAAUCAAUCAGAUUCCAAACUCUCCACCAUGGCCAAGACCAAAGAGCUCUCCAUGGAUGUCAGGGACAAGAUUGUAGACCUACACAAGGGCUACAAGACCAUCGCCAAGCAGCUUGGUGAGAAGGUGACAACAGUUGGUGUGAUUAUUCGCAAAUGGGGCUCCAUGCAAGAUCAAAUGGGGCUCCCUCGGCCUGGGGCUCCAUGCAAGAUCUCACCUCGUGGAGUUGCAAUGAUCAUGAGAACGGUGAGGAAUCAGCCCAGAACUACACGGGAGGAUCUUGUCAAUGAUCUCAAGGCAGCUGGGACCAUUGCAGCGCCCGCAAUGUCCCCCUACUCAAGAAAGCACAUAUACAGGCCCAUCUGAUGUUUGCCAAUGAACAUCUGAAUGAUUCAGAGGAGAACUGGGUGAAAGUGUUGUGGUCAGAUGAGACCAAAAUCGAGCUCUUUGGCAUCAACUCAACACGCCGUGUUUGGAGGAGGAGGAAUGCUGCCUAUGACCCCAAGAACACCAUCCCCACCGUCAAACAUGGAGGUGGAAACAUUAUGCUUUGGGGGUGUUUUUCUGCUAAGGGGACAGGACAACUUCACCGCAUCAAAGGGACGAUGGACGGGGCCAUGUACCGUCAAAUCUUGGGUGAGAACCUCCUUCCCUCAGCCAGGGCAUUGAAAAUGGGUCGUGGAUGGGUAUUCCAGCAUGACAAUGACCCAAAACACACGGCCAAGGCAACAAAGGAGUGGCACAAGAAGAAGCACAUUAAGGUCCUGUAGUGGCCUAGCCAGUCUCCAGACCUUAAUCCCAUAGAAAAUCUGUGGAGGGAGCUGAAGGUUCGAGUUGCCAAACGUCAGGCUCGAAACCUUAAUGACUUGGAGAAGAUCUGCAAAGAGGAGUGUGACAAAAUCCCUCCUGAGAUGUGUGCAAACCUGGUGGCCAACUACAAGAAACGUCUGACCUCUGUGAUUGCCAACAAGGGUUUUGCCACCUAGUACUAAGUCAUGUUUUGCAUAGGGGUCAAAUACUUAUUUCCCUCAUUAAAAUGCAAAUCAAUUUACAACAUUUUUAACAUGCGUUUUUCUAUAUUGUUAUUCUGUCUCUCACUGUUCAAAUAAACCUACCAUUAAAAUUAUAGACUGAUCAUUUCUUUGUCAGUGGGCAAACGUACAAAAUCAGCAGGGGAUCAAAUACUUUUUUCCCUCACUGUAUGUGUAUAUAUAUAUAUAUAUAUAUACACUGCUCAAAAAAAUAAAGGGAACACUAAAAUAACACAUCCUAGAUCUGAAUGAAUGAAAUAAUCUUAUUAAAUACUUUUUUCUUUACAUAGUUGAAUGUGCUGACAACAAAAUCACACAAAAAUUAUCAAUGAAAAUCAAAUUCAUCAACCCAUGGAGGUCUGGAUUUGGAGUCACCCUCAAAAUUAAAGUGGAAAACCACACUACAGCCUGAUCCAACUUUGAUGUAAUGUCCUUAAAACAAGUCAAAAUGAGGCUCAGUGGUGUGUGUGGCCUCCACGUGCCUGUAUGACCUCCCUACAACGCCUGGGCAUGCUCCUGAUGAGGUGGCGGAUGGUCUCCUGAGGGAUCUCCUCCCAGACCUGGACUAAAGCAUCCGCCAACUCCUGGACAGUCUGUGGUGCAACGUGGCGUUGGUGGAUGGAGCGAGACAUGAUGUCCCAGAUGUGCUCAAUUGGAUUCAGGUCUGGGGAACGGGCGGGCCAGUCCAUAGCAUCAAUGCCUUCCUCUUGCAGGAACUGCUGACACACUCCAGCCACAUGAGGUCUAGCAUUGUCUUGCAUUAGGAGGAACCCAGGGCCAACCGCACCAGCAUAUGGUCUCACAAGGGGUCUGAGGAUCUCAUCUCGGUACCUAAUGGCAGUCAGGCUACCUCUGGCGAGCACAUGGAGGGCUGUGCGGCCCCCCAAAGAAAUGCCACCCCACACCAUGACUGACCCACCGCCAAACCGGUCAUGCUGGAGGAUGUUGCAGGCAGCAGAACGUUCUCCACGGCGUCUCCAGACACUGUCAUGUCUGUCAAAUGUGCUCAGUGUGAACCUGCUUUCAUCUGUGAAGAGCACAGGGCGCCAGUGGCGAAUUUGCCAAUCUUGGUGUUCUCUGGCAAAUGCCAAACGUCCUGCAUGGUGUUGGGCUGUAAGCACAACCCCCACCUGUGGAUGUCGGGCCCUCAUACCACCCUCAUGGAGUCUGUUUCUGACCGUUUGAUUAGACACAUGCACAUUUGUGGCCUGCUGGAGGUCAUUUUGCAGGGCUCUGGCAGUGCUCCUCCUGCUCCUCCUUGCACAAAGGCGGAGGUAGCAGUCCUGCUGCUGGGUUGUUGCCCUCCUACGGCCUCCUCCACGUCUCCUGAUGUACUGGCCUGUCUCCUGGUAGCGCCUCCAUGCUCUGGACACUACGCUGACAGACACAGCAAACCUUCUUGCCACAGCUCACAUUGAUGUGCCAUCCUGGAUGAGCUGCCACUACCUGAGCCACUUGUGUGGGUUGUAGACUCCGUCUCAUGCUACCACUAGAGUGAAAGCACCGCCAGCAUUCAAAAGUGACCAAAACAUCAGCCAGGAAGCAUAGGAACUGAGAAGUGGUCUGUGGUCACCACCUGCAAAACCAGUCCUUUAUUGGGGGUGUCUUGCUAAUUGCCUAUAAUUUCCACCUGUUGUCUAUUCCAUUUGCACAACAGCAUGUGAAAUUUAUUGUCAAUCGCUGUUGCUUCCUAAGUGGACAGUUUGAUUUCACAGAAGUGUGAUUGACUUGGAGUUACAUUGUGUUGUUUAAGUGUUCCCUUUAUUUUUUUGAGCAGUGUAUAUACAGUGGGGGGAAAAAAGUAUUUAGUCAGCCACCAAUUGUGCAAGUUCUCCCACUUAAAAAUGAGAGGCCUGUAAUUUCAUCAUAGGUACAUGUCAACUAUGACAGACAAAUUGAGAAAAAAAAAUCCAGAAAAUCACAUUGUAAGAUUUUUAAUGAAUUUAUUUGCAAAUUAUGGUGGAAAAUAAGUAUUUGGUCACCUACAAACAAGCACGAUUUCUGGCUCUCACAGACCUGUAACUUCUUAUUUAAGAGGCUCCUCUGUCCUCCACUCGUUACCUGUAUUAAUGGCACCUGUUUGAACUUGUUAUCAGUAUAAAAGACACCUGUCCACAACCUCAAACAGUCACACUCCAAACUCCACUAUGGCCAAGACCAAAGAGCUGUCAAAGGACACCAGAAACAAAAUUGUAGACCUGCACCAGGCUGGGAAGACUGAAUCUGCAAUAGGUAAGCAGCUUGGUUUGAAGAAAUCAACUGUGGGAGCAAUUAUUAGGAAAUGGAAGACAUACAAGACCACUGGUAAUCUCCCUCGAUCUGGGGCUCCACGCAAGAUCUCACCCCGUGGGGUCAAAAUGAUCACAACGGUGAGCAAAAAUCCCAGAACCACACGGGGGGACCUAGUGAAUGACCUGCAGAGAGCUGGGACCAAAGUAACAAAGCCUACCAUCAGUAACACACUACGCCGCCAGGGACUCAAAUCCUGCAGUGCCAGACGUGUCCCCCUGCUUAAGCCAGUACAUGUCCAGGCCCGUCUGAAGUUUGCUAGAGUGCAUUUGGAUGAUCCAGAAGAGGAUUGGGAGAAUGUCAUAUGGUCAGAUGAAACCAAAAUAGAACUUUUUGGUAAAAACUCAACUCGUCGUGUUUGGAGGACAAAGAAUGCUGAGUUGCAUCCAAAGAACACCAUACCUACUGUGAAGCAUGGGGGUGGAAACAUCAUGCUUUGGGGCUGUUUUUCUGCAAAGGGACCAGGACGACUGAUCCGUGUAAAGGAAAGAAUGAAUGGGGCCAUGUAUCGUGAGAUUUUGAGUGAAAACCUCCUUCCAUCAGCAAGGGCAUUGAAGAUGAAACGUGGCUGGGUCUUUCAGCAUGACAAUGAUCCCAAACACACCGCCCGGGCAACGAAGGAGUGGCUCCGUAAGAAGCAUUUCAAGGUCCUGGAGUGGCCUAGCCAGUCUCCAGAUCUCAACCCCAUAGAAAAUCUUUGGAGGGAGUUGAAAGUCCGUGUUGCCCAGCGACAGCCCCAAAACAUCACUGCUCUAGAGGAGAUCUGCAUGGAGGAAUGGGCCAAAAUACCAGCAACCGUGUGUGAAAACCUUGUGAAGACUUACAGAAAACGUUUGACCGGUGUCAUUGCCAACAAAGGGUAUAUAACAAAGUAUUGAGAAACUUUUGUUAUUGACCAAAUACUUAUUUUCCACCAUAAUUUGCAAAUAAAUUCAUUAAAAAUCCUACAUUUUCCUCAUUUUUGUCUGUCAUAAUUGACGUGUACCUAUGAUGAAAAUUACAGGCCUCUCUCAUCUUUUUAAGUGGGAGAACUUGCACAAUUGGUGGCUGACUAAAUACUUUUUUUCCCCACUGUGUGUAUAUAAAUAUAUAUAGCAUUAUUAUUUCUGCAGACUUUAUAUCUGCUUUCAGUAGUUUAAGUUUACACUGAAAACAUUUUACCAUCCCGAAAAUUAUAUAUAAAAACUAACAGUACAGUCCUCAGUGGACUGCUUAUUAGGUACACCACCCAUUCACGGAAAUUGUUUGCUCCUACAGACAGUGGCCGUGGCUUGUUAUAUAAAGCAGGCAGACAGGCAUCGAGGCAUUUAGUUACUGUUCGAUUGAACGUUAGAAUGGGCCAAACGAGUGACCUUAGCGACUUUGAGCAUGGUAUGAUUGUCGGUGCCAGGCGUGCCGGUUCCAGUAUCUCAGUCAAUGUUUUCCUGGCACACAUUAGGUUCCCUAACAAAAUGUCCCCAGUUGGUCAAACUGGUCCCCACAAGAAUAGUUAAACAUGUCCACACACACACACACACACACACACACACACACACACACACACACACACACACACACACACACACACACACACACACACACACACUCUCACUUCUGGGGUAAUUGGCAGGGACAGUGGAUCUGUUCUGAGCGUACUCAGUGCUAAGCAGUUUAGCACAGAGAGAGUCAGCAGCAGCUGCUAAUAGUGAAUGACAUGCUCUCUAACAGCCUGUGACACACCCUGGUCACUACCAUACCACAGGAUACCACACACGCAUACUGUACCACAGGAUACCACACACGCAUACUCUACCACAGCGCCAGCUGGGUUAAACACACACACAUACUCUCACGCGCACACACAUACAGCCACCCUUGUUGAACCCGCAGCGUUGGCACCAAUGACUGUAUAUACGAAUGGAGAAAGCCAUUGAUUACGUGACACCAUUCAUUCCUAUGUGAAGACUCAAUAGCGCAUUGAAGCCAAAUUAAGUCGAUUUAGAUGGCGUCUUAUGGAGACAUAACAUGCGCAGUUCCAGCUACUCCAGGAAGUGAUGUUGCAGGCUAGCUCAGUGCUGCCCCCUCUCAUUGAGUAACUCAAGUUGAAGGCCGACCGGGGUACUGCAGGCUUCCAUUAGCAACUUAUUUUGUGUAGUAGAAGCAAUUAUUGGUACCAUGAUUUGUCUUUGAAACAAUUUUCUAUUUACACAAAGAUUGACCACGAAGAUCGCCAUUUUUCCAUUCACUAUAAUAGGGAUCCUGUUUUCUACUUACAAUGCCUGCAGUACCGCGGUCGACCUUGAACUUCCGUGGUUUCAAUGAGAGGGGGCAGUCGUUCUCCCCUUGUUGGCACGCAGGAUUAUUUAGAGCUAAUACGUGUUAAUGGUGUUUGACCUUCAGAGGUCACGGUGACUUUGAGAGGGCGUGUCCUCAGACAGCCUCCCUGCCUGGCAUAGGGAUGGAUGGUGGACGGGUCAUUCAACUGGCUUUGUGAAUGAACUGACAUCAUUGAAAAAGGCACGAUGGAAAAAGAUACAGCUCAGCUAGUCAAACAGAGGGGGGCACUAGAGUCCCUUUUAAAAGGCUCUGAAUCUUAAACUACAGAUGGUCUACAGCAGGGCUCGCCAACCCUGUUCCUGGAGAGCUACCGUCGUGUAGGUUUUCGCUCCAACCCUAAUCUUGCACACCUGAUUCUAAUAAUUAGCUGGUUUAUAAGAUGAAUCAGAUUAGUUACAACUGGGGUUGGAAUGAAAACCUAUAGGACAGUAGCGCUCCAGGAACAGGGUUGGAGAGCCCUGGACUACAGGCAUAGACUAAACCUGAUGGAGCUGUGCCAUAGGAUACUAUCAAAGCUAAGGGCGAUAAGUCUUAACAUUGAAGUUCAUCUGAAUUACUUUAUACUUUAAUCAAGGUAGGUCACGAUAAGGAAUGAGAGUGUGUAUGUAGUUAAUAUUAAUUAAUCCCAACCUAGGAAAUUGCUCUAGAUAUAUAUAUAUAUAAGCCCUGAGAGCUCAAUAUCUGGACUUUGGAUGUGGCGUCUGAAUGGUGCAAAAUACUCUAGGUAGCAGUGAAGAGACACUGAUUGAGAGAGUGAACAUUUGAAAUGCCCAUACAGGCAUUAGCAGUAAUGUUUUUCAGAGAGACACGGACAGGAUAAUGUCCUCAGCUAAAGAUGCAGUCAUGCAAAGGCAAAGGCACAGCCGAUAGCUACAUGAUCAGCUUGAUAUUGCUCUGCUUAUAUCACUCAACUUUGGGGAGCUUAAGUCACAUUAGGGGAUAACAGGUAGUUUGCUACCACCAUAUUGCAGCACUAAAUGUACUGUGAUUUGCCGCAGAGGGGCUCCUUUACAAUCCAGCUGAUUUGGACUCUUUGCCAUUGAUGAGAAUUGGUUUGAAGUUUAAAGUGCAAAAAUAUUUGGCAUUUUCCUUAAACAUCAAAUCAGAUGACCUGUGCUUGAUUGACCUUAACAUCUGCACCCAUUUAGACUCAUGGAUGGUCAAUGUUUAUUUCUGAGUGUUGCUGUCUGUCUCAGAUCAGUCUGGCCAAGGACAGUGAUGCGUCCCUGAAGCCCACCUUCAUCAUCAAGCCGGAUGGAGGGUCCCAGGGGGACGGCAUCUACCUCAUCCGUGACCCCAGCGACCUCCGCGUCAUAGCGGGGUCACAUACCAAGCAGUCCGUGGUCCAGGAAUACAUCCACAAGCCCCUGCUCAUCGACAAGCUCAAGUUCGACAUCCGUCUCUACGUACUGGUCAAGUCCCUGGAGCCUCUGGAGAUCUAUAUCGCUAAAGAGGGGCUGUCGCGUUUCUGCACCGAGCCAUACCAGGUAAGAACAUGCAUAAGGACUUUAUAACAUGUUCAUAACCCAUUCAUAACCCAUUCUGCACCGAGCCAUACCAGGUAUGAACGGUAGGAACACUUUAUCUGAAGAGUACCUACAUAAGGACUUCAUAACACAUACAUACCGCAUUCAUAAGCAGUACAUAAGAUAUUUUAUCUUCCAUUCGGCAUAAAAGCAUACUACUAGCAUUUAAACAUUGACUUUCUUCAUGUUUAAACAGUAGACAUGUUUCUAUGUUUUAAAUAUAGAAUUCUAAAAUCUGUUUCUCCCAUCUCCCUGCCACCCCACUAGGAGCCUAGUCAGAAGAACCUGAGCCAUGUGUUCAUGCACCUGACCAACUACUCCCUCAACGUCCAGAGCGGGAACUUCGUCCACUCAGACAGCCUGUCGUCGGGCAGCAAGCGCACCUUCUCCAGCGUGCUCUACCGCCUGGCCUCUAAGGGAGUGGACAUCAAGAAGGUGUGGUCAGACAUCAUCUCUCUGGUCAUCAAGACGGUCAUCGCCCUGGUCCCUGAGCUCAAGGUCUACUACCAGGCCGACAUACCGUCCGGCAAACCAGGACCCACCUGUUUCCAGGUACGGAGUAGGGACAGGAGAGAGUGUCGUGUGGAGUGUGUGUGAUUCAGUUGGUUGUCAUGGGAAUGUAAUAAAUGAAAGAGGUUUUACAAUCUAAUAUAACAAUCUUCAGUUGUAUUAAGGUGAUAGACCCUGAAUCCAUUAGUCGAUAGCCUUGAGCUCAGACAGAGUUAUCGAAAACUACACUAAUGUGGUUGAUAUUUAAAUGUGUUCUUAGGUACUAGAUGUAUUUUAGGGAAAGUGUGACGGAGUGUUAGAUGUGGUGUUUUGCAAUACGUAAUGACCAUCUCUACCGUGUGUGUGUCAGAUCUUGGGAUUUGACAUCCUACUGAUGAAGAACCUAAAGCCAGUUUUACUGGAGGUCAACGCCAACCCCAGUAUGAGAAUAGAACACGAGCAGGAGGUGAGUAGGCCCAUCAUCACCACAGCCAUGCGCUGCAGUGUUAAUGCCUCAUGUUGUGUUUGUGUGUGUGUUUUUCAGGUGUCCCCGGGGGUGUUUGAAUACGUCACCAGCCCAGUAGAUGAGGAGGUGAAGGUGGGAGUCAUUAGAGACACACUACGUCUCAUGGACCCCGCUCAAAAGAAAUCACCAACGUGAGUCUACCACACACAC